AUGUUCGAAUUCAGGUUACCUAUUAGAUUAAGAACAAUUACGAUUGAUUUUGAGCUAGCUGUUUAUAAUGUGUUCACUAAAAAUUAUCCUACUGUUAUUGUACGAGGUUGUUUAUUUCAUUAUGGACAAAGUUUAUUUCGUAAAUUUGUUGAUCUUGGUCUAAAAACAGCUUAUAAAAACGAUGAAAAUCUCCGCGAAUGGUUUCGAUCAUUUGCAGCAUUAUCUUUAUUACCAUUGAAUCAUAUGCUAUGGGGUUUACAAUGUUUAAUUCAUACUCGACCUGUAUAUCCAGCCAUUGAGGAAUUUCUUAACUAUUUUCAUAAUACAUAUGGACCUUUAAGUAAAUUCCCACCGCAUAUGUACAACCAUUAUCGUAAUAUUUUACCGCGCACUAUUAAUUAUUUGGAGGGUCGUCAUUCACGAUUGAAGAAGCAUGUAAAUGCUCCGCAUCCCAAUAUUUAUGUUGCAAUUGAUUUAUUGCAAAAAGAACAAUCAUUAGCAACUAUUUCAAGAUUACGAGAUAAUAUGGGAGCUCCAACUCCAAAGCGUCGAAAAAAUAAAGUUAUAACAGAUGAAUGUUUAAUUAAACUAUGGCAGCGUUAUGAUGAAGGUCGUCUCGAUAUUCCAUCAUUCUUAAAAGCUGCUGGACUUAGAUAUUUUCAGCGUCCACCAAAAAGUUGA